ACACACACACACACACACACACACACACACACACACACACACACACACACACACUCAUACAUACGCAUACACUUGUCUUUUCCUCAGAUGUGGUGGUACAGACUGGCGGUGGUGGUGACGGUGGUGUCGGUGGCGGCGGCAGAGGCGGCGGCGGAAGCGGCGGCGGAAGCAGAGGCGGCGGCGGAGGCGGAGGCGGAGGCGCAACCAGACGCGAAGGCAGCGGCAGAAGCGAAAGCGGAGGCGAAAGCAGCAGCGAAUUACCCCCUGCUGCCCCACCCGCCCCCACUGUGCUACCCCGUGACGCAGUAUGUGACGGCAUACAAGGCCCACGCGCAGAAGGUACCAGUGUACAAGACAGCGUACAAACAAGCCAUCGUGCCCGUCACUAAGCACACCACCCACUACCAGACGCAGUACAUCACCAGCCACCAGAAGGAGUACGUGCCUAAGUACGAGACGGACGUGGUGUACAAAACAAAGGUCAACUACGUCACCAAAGUCAUCACCAGUUACCAGACGCACUACCAGACCCAGUACGUGACGGUGCCUGAGUACGUGCCCAAAUACGUAACGGAGACCCUGUACCAGACGCAUUACCAGACCAACGUGCAGUACCAGCCGAUCUACAGCACCCAGUACACCCCGGUAUACGUGACCAAGACCCAGGUGCAGUACCAGACGCAGUACACGACGGUGGUGGUGCCAACUUACGUCACGGUGUCCAAGGAGGUGGUGGACUACAAGACCUACUGUCCUGAGCCCGCCUAUGGUUACUAGCAAUGACUGCCUCUCUCUCUCUCUCUCUCUCUCUCUCUCUCUCUCUCUCUCUCUCUCUCUCUCUCUCUCUCUCUCUCUCUCUCUCUCUAUCCUCCCCCUUCACUUAUUCUCUAACUCCUUUUUUUCAUUUUCUCUCAUUAAUUAAUUUCCCUUACGCCUCUUUUCUCUCAUCAUUAUUUUCCUUACAUUCUUUUUUUCCCUAUUCACUUAUUAUCUUCCUUUUUCCCUUUUUCUUCACUGAUUAAUUUUCCUAUCGCCUUUUUUCUCUUCUCUCCUAUUAUUAAUUUUCCUUAUAUCCUUUUCUACUCAUUCACUUAUUCUUAUCUUAUUUUUCUUCUUUUCUUCAUUAAUUUAUUUCUUAUCAUCCUUUUUUUUGGUAUUCAUUCAUUUCUAAAGUCUUCCUCUUUUCCCAGUCUUCUCCCCUCCCCAUGAAUUAUUUUUUCUAACAUUUUUUCUAACCCCACGCAGUCUUUUCAUCUAAUCUAUCUACUUUUCCAUCGUCAGUUCUCUUCCUCCUCUCAAUUUGCAACUUCCUUCCUUUUUUUUUUUUUACCUACGCAUCUAUUUUGCAACUCUACCAACUGUUCUUUCCUUUCAUCUUCUUCCUCAUCAUUCACUCGUUCCCCUUCCCUUCCUACUGGCAAACCAAAGAAAUACUAUAUACUUCUUUUCUUAUUUCUUUUCUUCUUCUUUCAAGUCUUCGUUCCUUUCCUUUCCAUCCACAACCUACCUAUCUACCCAUCUACCUAUCUAUCUACUGUUCCUCCUUUCUUCAUCGUCAUAAUUCACACCUUCCUUCCUCUGCUUCCUCUACCUCACGACCCAACCAAAGACCUCACCAGCUCUCCAUUUUCUGGAUCCUGUAACCUCAAUACGUUUUCUUCUCAAGUUCAUAGACCCUUCAUAAGCUCACGUGCAUUUCCCAGAUUUGUAUUUAUGUAUGUGUGUUUGUAUCGAGCAAUAAAAGCGUUAAGAGUUA